UGAACAAUGCCUGUAGCUAUGUAUUAUAUGCCAUAGUUUUUCUAAUUAGUUGAUGUUGAUGUUCAUAAAGGUUGGAUGAGAGGGUAUGGCCACUGUUGGCACUUGAAGGGCUCCAACCGUCCUUAAGAUAUAUAGGGUCUGAUUUGAAUAAGUCGAUGAUUUUUCAGUCCCUAAAUAGUAUAGUACAGUGUGUAAUUUUUCCUAUAUAAACUUCAGAUUGGGUCUCUUGUAAUGCAACAAACCCUUUCUAGAUAUUAAAGAAAGUAUAGAAAUGGAAGUGCAAAUAAUUUCUAAAGAAAUUAUCAAACCCUCUUCUUCAGCACCACAAAACCGAAAAACCUACAACCUCUCUCUUCUUGAUCAGUUAGCUCCUCCAGUUUACAUACCCAUCAUUCUUUUUUAUUCGCCAGCCUUUGAAAAUGGCUAUAAAAUAUCCGAUCACCUGAAGAAGUCCUUCUCGGAGACAUUAACCCACUUCUAUCCUCUGGCUGGAAGAAUAAAUGAUGAAUUUUCCAUCGACUGUAACGACGAUGGGGCCCCAUAUGUAGAAGCCCGUGUAAACGGAGACAUGUCUACUGUACUAAUUCAAGAACCUGAAAUACAUAAGCUAGAAAAGCUAUUACCAUGCAACCCGCAUGACUUAAGCUCUCAAGUGAUUCUUGCAGCUCAAAUAAACCACUUUGAUUGCGGUGGAAUUGCAAUUAGUGUUUGUAUUUGGCAUGCAAUUGCCGAUGCAUCAGCUAUGGCGUCUUUUAUCACUAGCUGGGCUACUAUUGCUUCUGGCUCGAAUUUUGAUAUUAAUGGCGUCAUCUUCGAUAGCACAUCGCUUUUCCCACCACAAGACAUGCGAGGCUUUUCGUUGCAUAAGUUUUUAAGUAAAGAAUUAUUAAGCAAAAUUGUGGUUAAAAGAUUUUUAUUUGAUAGUUGUAAUAUUUCAGCUUUAAGAGAAGAAGUAGGAAAUGGGCCGUGUUUGGAUCGUCCGACUAUGGUGGAGGCUGUGGCCGCUAUCAUUUGGGCGGCUGUGAUGGCCGGAAAUGAAGAAGAGCAUGUCGCAGCCAUUUCAGUAGGUUUGCGAAAAAGAAUCAUUCCAUUAAUCCCAGAACUAUCAAUUGGAAACAUAUUUCAAGUGGCAAUCGCAAAUUGUUCAAAGAAUGAGAAUGUUUUAGACUAUAAUGGAUUAGCAGGAAAUCUUCAUGAGUCAAUAGAGAGAAUGAAUAAUGAGUACGUGAGGAAGAUUCACGCAGGAGGUAGGUAUUUUGAGUUUAUGAAGAAAAAGAGUGAGGAGCUUGGAAAAAACCCUAACUUGAUGAAGGUGUUUGGUUUUAGCAGUUGGUGCAGGUUUCCAUUUUAUGAGGCUGAUUUUGGAUGGGGAAAGCCUAUUUGGGUUGGUACUGCCUUGAAGCUUUAUAAGGUUGCCAUUUUUAUUGAUACAAAAGAUGGUCAGGGUAUAGAAGCUUGGAUUGCUUUGCCGAAGGAAGAAAUGCUUAAGUUUGAAAAAAAUCCUGGUAUUUGUUCCUAUGCUUCUUUCAAGCCAAGCACUUAAUUAGCUCCAUUAACUGCAA